AUAAAGAUUUUAGAAAAAUUAUUUCGCAUUUUCAGUUCAUUUCAUGGGAUAAGUAGAAUGUGUUCAAGCACUUCAAGUAACCCUCAACAUUGGGGAGCGAGUCAGGCCAGUUUUCUAAGUGAUCGAUCAGCAGACAGUUCUUUUCCACGAGUCGUGGAAAUCCAAAGGCGGGAGGGGGAAAUAAAGGCGCUAAAUGAUGAGAUAAAGAAGCUAAGAGAAGAUAAAGCACUCAAUCAUGCUGAAAUUAAGGUUUUAGAGGGGAAAAUUAAAGGACUGGAAACAGAAAUACAAAUACUGAAAGAGCAGUUGAAUCUCCAGAGCCGUGAAUUGGAUUUGGUCAAGAAAAGAGUUGACACUCUAGAAGAAGUGCAAGUCUCUCUGCUCGUGGCAACAAUGUGUGAUGAGAUACAAAAUAUGAUGUUCAAAAUAAUAUUCCCUCAAAGAUUUAACCCGAACGUGCAACGAAAGGUGAAAGACAUCGAAGAUAUGUUAAAAAAAUCGGGAGACAGAGAAAACCGUGAGUGGGCGACACUACAAAGGGAGCUGAAUUGGAAGUACUGCCACUUAGAUGCCGUGAGGUCACUUAAAAGAGUCCGAAAUAAGCGCGCUCAUCCCGUGGCAAAGCUGACAGAGGAAGCUCUUAGGCUCUCCGUCCAAAAGAUGACCGAAGAACACUUCUUUGAAGAAGAUGACAGUUGGCUGUCUGUUGAAGUCGUCGACGAAUUGAUCACCAUGUGGAAACACUUAAAGGAGAAACAAUAGUCUUAAAUUCAAGUCUCUUUUAAAACUGCACAAGCGUGUGGCCAUAUCUACAGGCCUUAACCUGGAUAUAUUACAACGAUACACGAAAAAAUAUGAAAAAUCGCCAAUGCAAUCUCAAUCUUUUUGUAACAAAUAGCCAAAUUCACUGCUACGGUUCCAGAAAGAACAUUAAUUACUGAACGCAUUUGUGUCGUACACAAGCAAUUUAGAAUUCUCUACCAAAAUUUUUGAAGUCUCUUCCUGUUUCAGUCACUUGUUCGUUAAAUCUUCUUAGCUUUAGGACGAAAAUACAGGAACUUUUACCAAAAUAAUUAUUGAAUUGGCCAAACCGCAUAUUUCUGCAGGACUUAUUUGUUUUUUAAUACCUUUUGUGAG